AUGAUAUUACAAAAAAUUGGGAGUGUCCUGGGUGCUAGACCUUGUGUCUAUGCGAGGGGGACACGCAAAGAAACCAGGGUCAACGAUCAGACCGUCAACGAGUUUAUCAACUUAACAGUCACUUACCCCAGCAAUCGGGCCAAAGACAGCGUCCAAGGCACCCACCAUGCGCUCGCCUGGCUCAGCCUAAAAGAAGGGAAACAGACCACCAGUGCCGCGGACGGCCUGAGACGAGCAAAGAAUCGGCUCGUCGAAUUGAGGGCCGAUUCGUCCGGCAUGGUCCAAGGACACCUACCGAACGAAUGGAAGGGAGGAGCAUCGGAUUCAUGCUGGUCGAGUUGGGAAGGUGCACCCGAUAACUUCAGCGAUUUGGCAGCUUUGCAUUCCCACGCAAUGAAAAGCCCUCCUCCGGCGUUCAAAUUAUAUGAUCUUAUUCGUUGCGAAUCUCGAUAUAAGCUGGUAUCUAGUACCUUAUCGUAUGACAUAGACGAUAAGCCCCAGGACAUACUUCAUCGAACGAGCAUCUCAUCCGAUGCGUUCGUGUGUUCGGUCAUUGCACAUAUUAGCUCAUGCAUGGAUUACUCCUCUCAAGCCAUUUUCAGGCGAGACGAGGCGCCAUAG